AUGAAUAGGUUUCGCUUUGGCGACUCCGAUGAGUCUGCAUCCGAAUUCGACGAUGAUACCUCCGGAUUGCCCUUCCCCGAGCCUUUGUCCCGUGCUUCCUUCCUCUCCCCCGACUUCGACCCCGCGGCGUAUCUAUCCUCCCUCACCAAUCGACACCAGAGCCUCGAGGACUUGCGACAAGAAUUACGAGAUUUGGACCAAUUACUCAGUCGAGAACUCCUAGACUUGGUCAAUGAAAACUACCAGGACUUUCUAUCCCUAGGGAGCGCAUUAAACGGUGGGGAGGAGAAAGUCGAGCAGGUACGGGUCGGCUUGUUGGCAUUCCAGCGUGAUGUCCAGUCCAUACGGGAUAAGGUGGAGGCAAGGCAAGAGGAGAUGGUAGAGCUACUGAAGGAGAAGAAGCGUCUGAAGACGCAAGCCAAUGUUGGGCAGGCCUUGCUGGACUAUGCGGAUCGAGUCGAGGAGCUGGAAAGAAGAUUAAUGAUCGGAGACACUCCCCGGCCUCCUCAGGACGGCACCCCGGGCGAGUCCGAUUCGGAUUCCGAUUUGAUCGAGAGCGACAGCGACGAUAGUGACGAGGAUGAACUGCCUAACGGCGCAACUACUGCGUCGCUCGUUUCCCUCAAGACGCUCGAGCGUCAUAUUCAGAAGUAUGUCUACUUGACCAAGCUGUCCUCUCGGAUAGGUGACAACCAUCCAUUCCUACAGAGCCAACACCCAAGGAUGUCGAAAAUACGAUCUGCGGUGCUCUUGGAUCUGAAGACGGCCUUGGAGCAGGCAAAGCAGGCGGGCGACAAGCGGGAUACGAAAACGCUGGCCGUAUUGCGUCUCUACAAGCUCAUGGGAGAGGACACUACUGCCGUAUCAGCACUCAAGAAUCUGAAGUCCUAG